AUGGCGCCAAUUCCGGAACCCAUCGCACUUCCACCAAACUUCACCAACGAGCUAUUCCAAAAGUUCGUCAUCCGCGCCCAAGAAAUCUGCGGCAUCGAAAAUGUCCGCGUCAUCCCCAAGGACAAGCCCCUAGAGGGCGACUCAUACCUCAACCAGCCGAAAUCACACGAUCACUUCCCCCUCUACGAGAAGACCAAGUUCGUCGCCUCGGCCGUCGUCAUGCCCCGCCACGUCCCGGACGUCCAGGCCCUCGUCGCACUCUGCAACGAGCUCGUCAUGCCCGUCUGGCCAAUCUCCCUCGGCCGAAACUUCGGCUACGGCGGCGCUUCCCCCCGCGUUCCCGGUUCCGUGGUCAUGGAUCUGGGCCACCACAUGAACCGCAUCCUCGAAGUCAACGUGGAGGGUGCAUACGUACUUCUCGAGCCGGGCGUCAGCUUCCGGGAUCUGCACGAGCACCUCGAGAAACACAACCUCCGCGAGCACCUCUGGAUGUCGGUGCCCGUAGGCCAGGGUUCCGUUCUCGGAAAUGCUGUGGAGCGCGGCGUCGGUGCCACGCCGUAUGGUGACCACUGGGGUAUGCACUGCGGCAUGGAGGUUGUUCUGCCGAACGGAAAGCUUGUGCGCACCGGUAUGGGUGGCGUCCCCAACCCCAACGCGGAUACGAGCCUGCGACCUGAUGAGCAGCCUGGCUGCGAGACAUGGCAGCUCUUCAACACGGGAUACGGACCUUACAAUGACGGCCUCUUCUCUCAGAGCAACCUUGGUAUCGUGACAAAGAUUGGCAUGUGGCUGAUGCCCAACCCCGGAGGCUACCAGCCGUACGAGAUCACCUUUGAGAACGACUCGGAUCUGCCAAAGGCUGUUGACAUUAUCCGUCCGUUGCGCCUGCAAAUGGUGUUGCAGAACGUUCCUUUCCUUCGUCACACUCUGUUGAACGCCGCGCACUGCGGUCCCAAAUCCAAGUAUACGGACAAACAAGGGCCAUUAUCAGAGGAAGAAGUCGACGGAAUCGCAAAGAAGCUCGAUAUGGGUCGGUGGCAGCUUAUUGGUGCCGUAUACGGACCUAAGCCUGUUCGCGAUGUCCUUCUUAGUGUUAUCAAGCACGAGUUCCUCUCCAUUCCGGGCUCGAGAUUCUUCCUACCAGAGGAUCGCGCACGAGAGAGUCCUCUCCGCGCUCGCGAGCUGCUGAUGCAAGGUAUUCCUACAGUAGAGGAGUUGAGGUGUCUGAACUGGCUUCCCAACGGGGGUCAACUCUUGUGGGCUCCAAUCUCCAAGGUGUCCGGCGAGGACGCAAAGAAGCAGCACGAUGUAGCCAAGAAACUCAUCACCGAAUUCGGCUUCGAUUACCUCGGCGCCUUUGCCGUGGGCAUGCGAGAGCUGCACCACGUAAUCGGUAUCCCCUACCGCCUCGACGUACCCGACGACGUGGAGCGCAUCAGGAAGUUGGCGCAUAAGCUCAUCAAGGAAACGACGGCGCACGGCUGGGGCCAGUUCCGCGCGCACACGGCGCUCAUGGAUCCCGUCGCAGACGCCUUCAACUGGAACGACAACGCGCAGAUGCAGCUCAACGAGGCGAUCAAAAAUGCGCUCGACCCCAACGGUAUCAUCGCGCCAGGCAAGAACGGCGUGUGGCCUGCGAGCUACGACAAGAAGAAGUGGGUGCUGGACGGCAACUGA